UGUCUUUGGAGUGAAGAGAGGUGGGAUGCUAAAACCGCCGGAGCUGUAACUGCCAAAGUUUGGUGCUUUUAGCUUGAUGGCGUUCUGGAAAUCCGGCAGGAUGUGUUCGUCCACGUGCUUGUCGGUGGAGACGGCGAAUACGCAGGAUAAGCAUUUGCAAUUGGGUUGUGAUAGGGUUACAGCCCUCGCGCGGACGCUUUUUCGGGCGAGACGCUGCCUCCAGCUCGAUCCUUCGUCCAAGCUCUAUUUCCCAUAUGAACCUGGAAGGCAGGUCAGAAGUGCUGUCAGGAUAAAGAAUACCAGCAAGUCUCAUGUAGUAUUCAAGUUCCAAACAACUGCACCAAAGAGCUGUUUCAUGCGCCCUCCUGGUGGUACGCUGGCUCCGGGAGAAAGCAUUGUUGCUACUGUUUUUAAGUUUGUGGAGCAUCCUGUCAAUAACGAGAAACCGCUACAGUUAAAGAGCAAUAUCAAGUUUAAGAUCAUGAGUUUGAAGGUGAAAGGACGGAUUGAAUAUGUGCCUGAGCUGUUUGAAGAACAGAAGGAUGAAGUUUUAAUUGAGCAAAUCCUAAGCGUUGUCCUCUUUUAUGCGGAUCGCCCAAACCCACAUUUGGACAAACUAAACAACCAGCUUGCUGAGGCAGAUGCAGCGCUAGAAGCCCGCAAGAAGCCCCCUGAGGACACAGGGCCACGACUUGUUGGGGAAGGACUUGUAAUAGAUGAGUGGAAAGAAAGAAGGGAAAAAUACUUGGCAAAGCAGCAAAUUAAAGCAGUGAAUUCAUUGUAAAAUGUGCUCAGAUGUGUCAUUAUAGCCCUUAAGUUUAAACAAAUUUGUUACCGUUGAGGUAUCCUUAAUCCAGUCUUCUAUUUUACAUGCUCAGGAAAUUUGAUUGUUUAGGCCAAUGUACAAAGAGAAAUUUCUUCAUGUUAAUGGUAAGAACCUGUGGUGUUGUAUUUGAUUCAGGAUUAAUCUUGUAAAUGAUGUUCUUUGCUUGUCAGAAAUAAUGAUUUUGUUUGGGAC